AUGAUCCAGCCAGGAAUCUGCACUAAAGGGAAACUGUAUGAAUGCGGAAAAAUCUUCAGUAAUGACUCAUCCCUGAUUGUUCAUCGGAGAGUCCACACAGGAGAGAGACCCUAUAACUGCCCAGAGUGUGGGAAAUCCUUCCCUCAGAGCUCCAUCCUUGUUGUGCAUCAGAGAGUGCACACAGAAGAGAAACCCUAUAAAUGCCCCGACUGCGGGAAAAGAUUCAAGCGGAGCUCAACCCUUAUUUCACACCAGAAAAUCCACACAGGAGAGAGACCUUAUAACUGCCUGGAAUGUGGGAAAAGUUUCAAUCAAGGCUCAAACCUAAUUAAGCAUCAGAGAAUCCACACGGGGGAGAGACCCUAUAACUGCCUUGAGUGCAGGAAAAGUUUCACUCGGCACUCGCACCUCAUUAGACAUCAGAGAAUGCACACUGGAAAGAUACCCUAUAGGUGCCCUGACUGUGGAAAAAACUUUAGUGAUAGCUCAGCUGUUAUUAGACAUCAGAGGAUCCAAACUGGAGAGAGACCCUAUAAAUGCCUUGAGUGUGGGAAAAGCUUCAAGCAGAGCUCAGACCUUAUGAAUCAUCAGAGAAGCCACACGGGAGAAAAACCCUAUUACUGCCCUGAGUGUGGGAAGGGGUUCAGUCGGAAGGCUCACGUUAUUUCGCACCAGAAAAUGCACAGGCCAGAGAGAUCCUUUAACUGCCUUGAGUGUGGGAAAAACUUCACUAGGAGCUCUGACCUCAUUAGACAUCAGAAAACCCACACUAGGAAGACACCAUAUAAAUGUUCUGUCUGUCGAAAAAGCUUCAAGCAGAGGUUAGAACUUAUUUCACAUCAGAGAGCCCACACAACAAAAAGAAACUAUAAAUGUUCUGUCUGUGGGAAAAGCUACAAGGUGAAGGUCUCUCUAAUGUCCCAUCAGAAACUCCACACAGGAGAGAGACCCUAUAACUGCUCGGAGUGUGGGAAAUCCUUCACUCGGAGCUCCACCCUUGUUGUGCAUCAGAGAGUGCACACAGAAGAGAAACCCUAUAAAUGCCCCGACUGCGGGAAAAGCUUCAAGCGGAGCUCAACCCUUAUUUCACACCAGAAAAUCCACACAGGAGAGAGACCUUAUAACUGCCUUGAAUGUGGGAAAGGCUUCAGUGAACGCUCAAACCUAAACAAACAUCAGAGAAUUCACACAGGAGAGAAACCCUAUAACUGCCUCGAGUGUGGGAAAAGUUUCACUUGGAGUUCACACCUCAUUAAACAUCAGAGAAUGCACACUGGAAAGAUGCCCUAUAAUUGCCCUGACUGUGGGAAAGGCUUCAGUGACAGCUCAGCUGUUAUUAGACAUCAGAGGAUCCAUACUGGAGAGAGACCCUAUAUAUGCCUCGAGUGUGGGAAAAGCUUCAAGCAGAGCUCAAACCUUAUGAAUCAUCAGAUAAUCCACACAGGAGAAAAACCCUAUUACUGCCCUGAAUGUGGGAAGGGGUUCAGUCGGAAGGCUCACGUCAUUUCACACCGGAAAAUACACAGGGUAGAGAUCCUUUAA